AUGCAAGAAUCGACAAAACGAUGCAGCGCGCACAGCCACGACAUUUGCAUUGACCUCCCAGUGCUUUUGUUGUUGCCGGGUUCACUACAUAAAUCGUCGGCAUCCGCUAUCAGAAACAAACUCCUCCUCUUCCCGUCUUUCGACGUGCUCAACCACAAUGGCUUCAUCGUUUAUUUGGGCGUCGCCAAGGAUGCCUUCCGCAGUGGUCCCGCCUACUCUCCUUCGGACCCGGGUCUCGGCCGCUUUGUCGCGCAGUCCAUCGAAGUCUUCGAGGAAGGGGAGGCGAUCCUUCGGCCUAUCUCGAGUGGCCUACCAGAUCUGGAGGAUCUGGUGGACCGCGCUGAACGCCAGAAGGAUCUCAACAAAGCCUUUGUCGCCCCGGUCCGACGUGUUCCUCCCGAGCUCUUAUCCCAGAUCUUCCUAAUCGUCGUCGCGGAUAGCCACCUUCUCCGCCUCCAUGAAGUCCGCCUGUGUCGCAGUUUCGCGCGCGUCUGCCAUGCGUGGCGUGAGUUGGCCCUCGCCACGCCCCAACUCUGGUCGAACGUCUCAUUCUGGCUCAAUGGAAGUGACAAUUGGCAAAACCUCUUCGCGCGCGAAUUGCAGCUUACACGCGACCGCCCGAUCGAUGUUACGCUCCAACAGCCACUUGGAGACCGUCAGCCGACUAGGUCGUGGGCCAUUCUAGCAUCGCAGAGCAAUCGCUGGCGCGCGCUGACUGUCUAUCUCGCUGGCGGAGCACUGCAGCACAUCAAUCCCCAGCCUCUUGUCUGUUCGUCCUUGGUCUCCAUCUCCUUCAAGGACCCAUGGCUGAAGCUCGGGCGCUCUGAAAACACCAAUGAUAACACGAGGAUGCUGUUUUCCAUGUUGGAAGACGCGCCCCUCCUGCGUACCGUGGAAAUCCGCGUUGCUACUGCUAGGGGGUCGUAUCGAAUGUGCCUUCCCUCAAGCUGGAGAUUGUCGGCCCUCCUCGUACAGUUCGGAUACUGCGAGGACGUAAGGCGCCUACUGCCCAUGGUCCAGCAAUAUUCCCGCACCCUGGAGACGCUUGACUUUGCUAUCGGGAGAACAGAGCCGGGAUUGAUGCCCCUUGGGCCCGGCCUUUCUUUGCCGCAGCUGACUGAACUGAUCUGUGGUACCCACGGUUCGCAACUCAUUCGGCACGUUAAAGCACCAAAGCUACGCUUCUUGCACAUCGUACAGCACCUGGAGGAUUUAUGCAACGCACCGUUCCCGGAUAUCCUUUCUACCGCGCAGUACGUGUCCUGCUUCAAGAGUCUUCGGGAGCUCCAUCUCCGCAAUGUAUCUUGGUCAACAGAUUCGCUCAUCGACACCCUGAACGAACUCACCAACCUCGAAUGCCUUCGGAUGCUGGAGAGCGGCCACGAAUAUUCGGGCAAGCUCGUCACACGGGAGCUCUUUGAGCGCCUGACACGCGGUGGUGUCGACGCCGACGACAAAGUCAUAGAUCAUGACCACCUUUGCCCUCUUCCGAAUCUGACCACAAUGACCGUUACUGUCCAUUGUCCUGUCGCCGAGGACGAUGCUCUGAUACCCGCGGCACGACGUAUGGCUCUUUCGCGCGCGAAGGUGGAAGGCGAGAGGCUGGUGCGACUAGCAGUAUUUUCUUUUCGCUACCGCAUGUCGCAGGAUAGCGAUAGGUGGACAAGUAUAUCCUUGGAAUUAUUGUAG